UUAGCAUCAAACACAACAACAGCUUCAUCUUUCUUUCUCUAAACCUACAACUUCUCUCAACAUUAUGUCUUCCUCUAAGGUCUCAGUGAUGCUUUGCCUUUCUGCAGUGUUGUUAAAUUCUUUCAUGGUCAUGGCUGCAGCCGGUAAUUUCUAUGAAGACUUUGACAUCACAUUCGGCGAACAACGUGCUAAGAUUCUCAACGGAGGACAACUUCUCACACUCGACCUCGACCAGUAUUCCGGAUCUGGUUUCAAGUCCAAGAAUGAGUACUUGUUUGGAAGGAUCGACAUGCAAAUCAAACUUGUUGCUGGCAACUCGGCUGGCACUGUCACUGCAUAUUAUUUGUCUUCUCAAGGUCCAACUCAUGAUGAAAUCGACUUCGAGUUUUUGGGGAACUCUUCUGGUGAACCCUACACUCUCCACACCAAUGUGUUCAGCCAGGGGAAAGGGAGCAGAGAACAACAAUUCCAUCUUUGGUUUGAUCCUACAAACGCCUUCCACACCUACUCGCUUGUCUGGAACAGCCAACGCAUUAUAUUCUUGGUGGAUAAUAUUCCAAUUAGAGUGUUCAACAACUUGGAGUCAGUUGGUGUUCCAUUCCCCAAAAACCAACCGAUGAGGAUUUACUCGAGUCUAUGGAAUGCUGAUGACUGGGCUACACAAGGUGGGCGUGUGAAGACUGAUUGGACUCAUGCUCCUUUCACUGCCUCUUACAGAAACUUCAAGGCCAAUGCUUGCGUCGCUGGCUCAUCGUCAUCAUCAUGCGGUGUCUCCACUACUGCUUCAACUAAUUCCUUAACUGAUGAACAGAGUGCAUGGCAGAAUCAAGGUCUAGAUGCCGCAGGCCGAAACAGGAUUCGAUGGGUGCAGCAGAAGUUCAUGGUCUACAACUACUGUUCUGACCUAAAACGAUUUCCCCAAGGUCUUCCGGUAGAAUGUACACGAUCAAGGUUCUAGUCUUCUAGAUGACAUACCAGAUGCAAGAUAUGAUCAGAUGACAUAUUCCCUUGUUCUCAUGUGCAGCUCGCUACCCUUCGUUUUACUGUUACUUCAUCUUUCAUAAAUACUCUUUCAUUUUGUUUCAAAUAUACAGUUUGUAACGUACAUCACAAUAAUCUCCUAUGAUUUCCUAUUCAUUUUUUGUAUACUGAAUUCAAUUCAGAUUUCAUAAUCAAGUAAAGUUGAGCUGAAAUCUCAAUCAC